CCCGGAUUGCUGUGCUGCCGGGGCAAGCCGGAGGGGAGGUGGAGGGGGCGGGGCUUGCUCGCUGGCCCCGCCCCUCCCCUCCCCUCAGGGCUGGGCUAGUGGUGCUCAAGGCCCUCGGCUCUGUCCCAGCAGAGCCUGCAGCCUUGGUUGCCCGGUGCUGCUGCUGCUGCUGCUCCUCCUCCUCCUCCUUCUCCUCCUCCUCCUCUUCCUCCUCCCUCCCGCCACCGCUGCCGCCGCCGCCCCAGGACUCAGCGGAGCCUACUCAGAAGCUGCAGCCACCACCACCGCCGCCGCCGCCCUCAGGAUGGUGAUCCGCGUGUACAUCGCGUCCUCCUCCGGCUCUACCGCGAUUAAGAAGAAACAGCAAGAUGUCUUGGGCUUCUUGGAAGCAAACAAGAUAGGAUUUGAAGAGAAAGAUAUUGCCGCCAACGAAGAGAAUAGGAAAUGGAUGCGUGAAAAUGUACCUGAGGAAAGUCGCCCAGCCACGGGGAAUCCGCUCCCCCCUCAGAUCUUCAAUGAGAGUCAGUACCGUGGGGAUUACGAUGCCUUCUUUGAAGCCAGAGAAAAUAAUGCAGUGUAUGCCUUCUUGGGCUUAACAGCCCCACCUGGGUCAAAGGAAGCCCAAGCACUGGCAAAGCAGCAAGCGUGAACCCUUCUGCCUUCUGGCCUUAUGCCUCCUGUCGAGGGAUUCGCCACCGCAGUCGCUUUUCUAAAAUAGCAAAAUUAUCUUGGCUUCCAGAAAACAAUAGGCUUCAUGUCUACAGCAUCAAUUUGUUGCUUGGUGUGCUCAGCGUCCCAACAAUAGCCAAUGGAAUACAUGAUUAAAAUGUGAAUGUUAUAUGGUUAGAGCUUACGGGAGGUGAUUAUUGGAAAAUUGCAAGUAGAUGUGAUGGAGUGGUUUUGUGAUCUGUCUGGGCAUCUGUGCCCCCCCUUUUUUGGUAAUCGUAAUGCAAAAACCUCUUUUUUUAUAUUAUUAUUUUUAUUGUUACUGCAGCUUAAGUAUCUCUAGAGCUCCUGUUGUUAAGCAUAUGUGAAUCCAAAAUAAAAUGGGAGGGGAAGAGAA